AUGACUUCCAUCAUCAAGAUGCACGCCAUAUCUGGGGCGAUGGAUGAAUCGCCACCGUGCUACAUCCUGCAGGUGGACGAUGUGCGAAUCUUGCUCGAUUGCGGAUGGGACGAAAAGUUUGAUCAGGGCUUUAUUAAGGAAAUUAAAAAAUAUGUACACACGAUCGAUGCAGUGUUGCUGUCCUAUCCGGAUGGUAGUCAUCUCGGGGCACUACCGUAUCUGGUCGGAAAGCUUGGCCUGAAUUGCCCGAUUUAUGCAACGAUUCCGGUAUACAAGAUGGGACAAAUGUUCAUGUACGACAUGUUUAUGUCCCACUAUAAUAUGCACGAUUUCGACCUGUUCUCGUUGGAUGAUGUGGACGCAGCAUUCGAUAAAAUUGUACAGCUGAAGUACAACCAGAGUGUAGCGAUGAAGGGCAAGGGAUACGGCAUUACCAUCACCCCCUUGCCGGCUGGGCAUCUGAUAGGUGGCACAAUUUGGAAGAUUGUGAAGGUCGGCGAGGAGGACAUAGUGUAUGCAACAGAUUUUAAUCAUAAAAAGGAACGUCAUCUCAAUGGAUGCGAGCUGGAGAAGCUUCAACGACCUUCGCUUCUCAUUACGGACGCGUAUAAUGCUCGGUACCAGCAAGCAAGGAGGCGUGCACGAGAUGAGAAGUUUAUGACGAACAUUCUGCAAACGCUCCGGAACAAUGGUAACGUUCUUGUUACGGUUGAUACGGCUGGACGGGUGCUGGAGCUGGCCCACAUGCUUGACCAGCUGUGGAAGAACAAGGAAUCAGGCCUGAUGGCUUACUCGCUAGCGCUGUUGAACAACGUAAGCUACAACGUGGUAGAAUUCGCCAAAAGUCAAAUCGAAUGGAUGAGCGACAAGCUGAUGAAAAGUUUCGAAGGAGCACGUAACAAUCCGUUCACCUUCAAACACCUGCGGCUGUGUCACACGAUGGCCGAUCUGGCGAAGGUACCCAGUCCUAAAGUGGUGUUGGCCAGUUCGUCCGAUAUGGAGAGUGGUUUUUCGCGAGAACUCUUCAUACAGUGGGCACCGAAUGCGAGUAACAGCAUCAUCAUUACCAGCCGUUCGUCUCCGGGUACGUUGGCUCGCGAUCUUAUCGACAAUGGAGGCAAUGGGCGCAAGAUCGAGAUGGACAUACGACGACGGGUAGAGCUGGAAGGCGCCGAGCUCGAGGAAUACAUGCGAACGGAGGGCGAAAAGCUGAGCCGAUCGAUCAAAAAGCGCGAUCUGGACGAAAGCAGUUCCGAUUCGGACGAUGAGCUGGAGAUGAACAUCAUUACCGGGAAGCACGAUAUCGUCGUGCGUCCGGAAGGUCGUUCGCAUACGGGCUUUUUUAAAUCGAGCAAAAAAAGUUACGCCAUGUUUCCGUUCCACGAGGAGAAAAUCAAGUUUGAUGAGUAUGGAGAAAUUAUACAACCGGAUGACUACCGUAUGGUGGACCUUGGUCCGGAAACAAACGGCAACGAUGAUAAUAAGGAGAAUGCUGGAAUCAAGACGGAGGACAUUAAGAAGGAAAAGGACGAAGAAGUGACGGUGCUGGACAAACCGACCAAGUGCGUUCAAGCGCGCAAACCAAUUGAGGUGAAUGCUCAGGUGCAGUUUAUCGAUUUCGAAGGACGCUCCGAUGGUGAAUCGUUGUUGAAAAUUCUUUCCCAGCUACGACCUCGGCGGGUUGUGGUGGUGCGUGGAUCGUCAACCAACACGACGCACAUUGCAGAGCAUUGCCAGCAAAAUAUAGGCGCCCGCGUAUUCACCCCGAACCGUGGUGAGAUCAUCGAUGCAACCACAGAAACUCACAUCUAUCAGGUGCGCUUGACGGAAGCGCUCGUAUCACAGCUAGAGUUCCAGAAGGGCAAAGAUGCCGAGGUGGCCUGGGUAGAUGCGCAAAUAGUAAUUCGUAAUAAACGGAUCGAUACGGUCGCGGAGAAAGAUGCUACCGCCGGGGUGCCGCAGAUACUAACGCUAGAGCCACUGUCGCAAGACGAUCUACCGCCACACAAUCCGGUGUUUAUCAACGAACUGAAGCUGAUCGAUUUCAAGCAGAUCCUAAUGAAAAGUAACAUUGCGUCCGAAUUUUCUGGCGGUGUGCUUUGGUGUAGCAAUGGUACGAUCGCGCUCCGUCGAGUCGACACCGGUCGAGUUACGAUCGAGGGCUGCAUUUCGGAGGACUAUUACAAGAUCAGGGAACUAUUGUACGAACAGUACGCUAUUAUUUAA